AUGUCUUUCAUCGACCUACCAAACGAGCUUCUAUGUGCUAUUGCCAAAGAUCUCCACAGAGAGAAAUCAAUCAGUGCACUGGCUCGAACAAAUCGCUUUUUCUUCUCGGCCUUGAACGGCUACCUCUAUGCGCACAAUGUUCGGCACCACAAUGCUUCUGCACUCUAUUGGGCCAUUGGAACGGGAAAUACAGGUACUGCUGCAAAUUCUAUCUCAAAUGGAGCAAAUAUCAACGCUCAAAACUCACGAGCUUUAACUCUCGCCCUCUCCAGCUACCAGUUCAACAUGACUCUCUUCCUUCUCGAAUCUGGGGCUGACCCCAAUUGCACAUUAUCCAACGGCGAAACUCCCCUGUGGAUGGCCAUCUGCAUCAGGCUCAAGAAGUUUGCCGAGGUCCUGCUCAACAAUCGAGCCGAUCCAAACAUCAGAAACCAUCUAGGAGAGACUGCACUAUUCCAGGCGGUACGGUUUAGCUAUUUGCCAACAGUCCGUCUUCUUAUUGGUUCUCCAAAAGGUGUGGACGUGAAUGCUAUCGACAACAGUGGCCUGACACCGCUACAUGCUGUCAUCCUUGCCGAGCGAAAGCCUCUGGGGUUCAGCUACGCUCGUCGCAGGAUCUUCAGUUUGCUUCUGGAACGCGGUGCCAAUGCGGAACAUGCCGACAACGAUGGCACGACACCGCUCGUUCGGGCUAUACGCAAUGGCAAUGAGGAUGCCGUCAGACUAUUGCUUCAGCACCAAGUCGACCUCCAGCGUACGGACCAAAGCGGCAAGACUGCAUUGCAUGCUGCAGUUGAACAGGGAUACACAUCUCUCGUCAGAUUGAUCUCCGGCUACGGUGCAAAUAUUGAAGCCAAGGAUGUCCAGGGCAGGUCGCCAUUGCAUCUCGCCGUUAGUCUUCAUCAGCAUGACAUUUUCGCCUUUCUGCUUUGCAAAGGUGCUGAUCUAGAAACGAAAGAUGCUGAGCUCCGGACACCUUUACAUACUGCAGCUGGGUCUACAUAUCUCAGUAUGAUUCUACUUGGUAGGGACGUAAAUGCAUGCGUCGCCGAUAUCCAAGGAAUCACCCCCUUGCAUCUCGCCGCCAAGGCUGGUAACGAACUUCUUGUCAGGCAGCUUCUUGAUCUACGUGCAGACGCUGGGUAUAUGGAUAAGCUUGGCAUAACUCCGUUGCACAUGGCAGCUGCGGCUCAGAGUGAACCAAUCAUUGAAGUUCUCCUCCGUCAUGGUGCAUACUGGAAUCCUAAGGAUAUCGGAGGCUUAACUCCAUCGAAAUAUGCGCCUCUCGAAGCUCGUGAAUCAAUCAAAAAAUUUAUUCGCAAAACGACUUUGAGACUCAAGGGUUCCCUAUGA